GAAUGCUGCCCGGACAAGACCUGAAGCAUUCGUUAAGCGUUUGCACUAAGUGCAAUUUGCCCCAGAGGGCUUAGUGGGAUGACAGGAAUGUUUUUUUUUUGUAGUUCCUGCUACAGGAAUUUUAACAUGACGACACGCACACAGACUCACAAGGUGAAAACAAUACCAGCAUAACCGUCGUGGCUGGUAACUGAACUCUUUUCAGAAUCAUAAUGAAGAACUGGGUCAAUGUCAAUGUCUAAAUGCUGCUUUUGCUUCUUUUCUAACUAAUAAUUGACUUGACUUUAAACCUCAUGUUCAUCCUGAUGACACUGUGUAUAACCAGGUGUUCAUCCUUACUGGAUUGGGGAUCUGGACAGCAUCAUCAUGAAGACCCCAGAGCUGUAUACUCCUCAUCCUCAUGGGAAUGGGGGUUUCUAUGGAAACAGGAAGUCUCUGUCCCAGCAGCUGGAGUUUCCUCAUACCACGACACAACGUCCCUCCCGCUCUCUCAGCUCUGCCCAGCUAGUACACUCCUGCAGCAACAUGCAAGCCUUCAUAAUCUGUAACGUUGUGCUGAUGAAGGGCCAUGGCAAGGGUCUGGGCUUCAGUAUAGUGGGUGGGAGGGACAGUAUGUAUGGACCAAUGGGGAUCUAUGUCAAGACCAUUUUCCCUGGAGGGGCAGCAGCUGCUGAUGGAAGGCUGCAGGAGGGUGAUGAGAUCCUGGAGCUGAAUGGAGAGUCACUACAUGGUCUGACUCAUGAUGAAGCCCUUCACAAGUUCAAACAAAUCAAAAAGGGCCUGCUGACUGUGGUGGUGAGGACAAGCCUGCGUGUGGGGACCCUGUGUGGUCAGUCGCAGGUAGCUCAGCUAUGCAGGUCACGCUCCCUCAGCUCCACCACAGGCAUGGCCAGGGCCAGUGCUGACAUCGGAGACUACCUGAACAACGCAUGCAGUAACAUGAGUGUCCCGGGUCAGCAGCCUGCUAAGCCCAGAGACCGCAUCAUGAUGGAGAUCAUCCUGCAGAAAGAGGCUGGUGUUGGUCUGGGUAUUGGACUGUGCUGUGUUCCAACUGGUGACGGGUGCCCAGGGAUCUACAUCCUCACCCUCUCUCCAGGAUCGGUGGCUCACAUGGAUGGUAGACUGCGAUGUGGGGAUGAGAUCAUGGAGAUCGACAACACUGUGGUUUACAGCAUGGUGCUGAAUGACGUCUACACAGUACUGAGCCAGUGCACACCAGGUCCAGUCCACGUCAUCAUCAGUCGUCACCCCGACCCCAAAGUAUCAGAGCAGCAGCUGAAUGAUGCUAUCGCUCAGGCUGUGGAAAUCAGCAAACUGAGAAAGGAUAAGAGCCAGUGGAGCAUUGAUGGACUGCGUAGACCGGAGUCUUGCUCUCACAGCCGGCACAGAUGUGAACGUUAUCUGGAGAGGAGUUUCAGUCAGCUGACGGUUCGACGAGCACAGAAGACCAUGACCCGCUCCUGCAGCGACAACACCAACGGUCCCAAUCACAACCACUGCCUCACCAUACACAGCCUUCACAACACACAACAUAACCCAUCAGCUCGCGUCCACAGCCUAGACACCCCCAAGUCUAUGAGAGAGACAUGGUCUGACAACAGACUGUCAGUGCCUGUGUAUCCUGAUGAAGACUAUAACCUCCCGUACAACUCUGCUGCUGCCAACCUGUCCAGUCAGCAGGUCCUGGAUCUGGCCUCAAGGGGCUUUAAGUCCACCUGCAGGGCGCGUGCUGCUCCACGUCGGUACUGCUGGCCUCAGGAUGUGACCAGUGAGGAGGGUUAUAAUGGAGACUCCAGUGGCUCCAGUAGAGGAUCCCCGGUUAGAGAUGGAGGACAGGAGUUGUCAUCCCACACCAGCUGCCAGCAGGAAAGAGAACGAAUAAGAGAAGAGUCAGAAGGGAUCAAGGAAGAUUUCACUCAACCUCUAGCCUGCACCAACGACAGAUUACACACAGGUGAUUCAUCAACUGUGCUCUGCUCACAGCCGAAGAAAGCAGCUCUCGACCAACACGCUCAAGAACAGCUUCAGGAUCCUUGGGUUCGCCUUUCAGACAGCUCCCCUGAAGAGCUGACCAAGAUCCACCAUCGUCACCCCCACUGUGCUGCAGAAACAACACAGCCUAUCAACGUCCACAGCAAGCCUGCCACCAUGAGUGACGAAGAGAACAUGUCCAAGCUCAAUAGCUCAGCCACUGAUGGAACUUCAGAUCCUCCGUCCAACAUGACCCCUGAAAACACAUCAGAAACUCCUUCAGGAGCAAUGUUGGGGCCCCCGGUGGCACCCAAGCCUGUCUGGUUUCGCAAGAGUCUGAGGAAAAUUCGGGAUGAGCAGGACCAGAAGAAGCAAGUGAAACCCGCAGAGCAGAGGUCUGCUGUGGGCUUCAACAGAAGCUUCGGAGUCAGAUCUGCCUCUUCUGCAGCUAACCUGUCAAUUAAACAAAAGAUCCACUCGUUUGAGACUUUUUCUAGUCCAGAGGGUCCAGAAAAGGGGGGUAACAGGAGACCUAUUGCCGCUUCCAACUCUCUUACUCUGGAGACGGAGUCCAAGAGUCACCUUGCCUCACAUGGAGAUUAUGGGAAGGUCAAACAUGAAAUCCCAGAAGAGAUCCAGGCAAACCAGUCAGCAUCUGUUAGGGAGACAAGCACCACAAAUGUGUCUGCUACACCCUCUGCUAUCACCUUCUCCUCUUCUGAAGCUUGUAGUCAAAUUCCAGCCAAGUCCUCUGAUGAUGAACCUCCCUCUAUCCAAUCCCCCACAGAGCUUCCAUUUUCUGACACCAUCAGCAUUGAUCUGGACUCAGGGACACAUGAUUCUCAUUCAGCUCAAGUCCAUGAUGACAGGAAUGUCUUUCCAACAAAGCAGUCUGAAUCUGAGCUAGAAAGAGUGGAUCUUACCAGGUCCACAGAGUGCAAAGUCCUGCCCCCUGUGACAUCUAUGAGAUCCACUAAAGUCGAGGGGGAAAGUCCUCCAGAGGGGACAGAGGAAGAUGGAGCAGAGAGCCAAGGAACGCUGCAGAGCACAACUCUGAGUGCUGUUACCCCCACAGACAGUAACCCUCUGGGAGGUCUGGAGGGAGAGAGUAUGGGGAAAAUCCUCGCAUUCAGUAACCAGGUCUCACAAGCGCUGAUGCGCUCUCUACCCACGUACCCCUGCCAUGGAAAGCCUCACUCCCCAAACCUGCAGGACUCCUCUGCCGUGGAUAUGACUAACCCUCAGUGGUCUGAGCACGCCCUGGACAGCCCCAACAAAGGAUUCUCUGUCAGCUUGGCCACACUGAGGGAGUGUACCAUUGAGCGAGGGGAGGGGGGGUGUCAUGACGACACAGCAGUCACUUCUGCUUGUGCUCACUCUGUCAUCUCAGCCAUCCCCUCACAAGAAAUAAAGAGGAUGAUCCAGGAAGUCAAAGGUCUGGACGAAGAGACGCUGAAGCAACUGGUGGACAUCCAUGUUGUGAUUCUACAUAAAGAGGAGGGAGCUGGUCUGGGCUUCAGCAUCGCUGGAGGGACUGACCUGGAGAGCAAAGCUCCCACAGUCCACAGAGUGUUUCCUAGCGGCCUGGCAGCUCAGGAGGGCACCAUUGAGAAAGGAGAUGAGGUGUUGUCUAUAAACGGACAAACGCUGCGCAGCCUCACACACGCUGACGCCACCACGGCUCUGCGUCAGGCCCGCUGUCUGAAGCAGGCUGUGGUGGUUGUCUGCAAGAGAGCAGAGGAGGAAGGAAGAGAGGGAGGAAGCUGCAGGAGCCAAGAGACCAACCCUGCAGUGGAGGAGCAGGGAGCUCCGCUGAGUGUGGAGCUGGAGAAAGGAGCUGGAGGAGUUGGCUUUACUCUCGAAGGAGGGAAAGGCUCAAUCCAUGGAGACAGACCUUUAGUCAUCAACAGGAUCUUUAAAGGUGGAGCAGCAGAGCAGAGCGGUCUACAACAUGGAGAUGAACUGCUGCAGGUCCAGGGAAUCAGUCUACAGGACAUGACUCGUUUUGAGGCCUGGAACAUGAUCAAGGCCUUACCUGAAGGACCCAUCACCGUAGUCAUCAGGGGGAGGCAGAGGGGAGUUGAAUCACAGCUGGGAGCUGCUUGCAAAUGAAGAGACCAAAGAAAUGAAAAGCCACAAUAGCACUUGGGGCACACAGAUGUUGGCGUUUUAUUAAAGGCAGUCAGCGUGAUCCACCUUUGACAUGGUGGACAACUUCCAAAUACAUUAUAUUUAUAGCACAUUUCCGAUCAGAUAUGGAAGUUUGUUAAAAUAGUCAAUUCACCCAAAUCCUCCAAAACCCACUUACUUUACCAUGCCCCAAAUACUGAGAACAAUCAGAAGGGGGGGAGCUUCAGAGACUAUGUCCAAGUUUUAUUCACUCAGCGGUUAGCAUCUCAGUUGAAUUCUAUGCUAUGCUAUGCUAGCUUCUGAAGGUAUACUGAAUGUAUUUGAAUGAUUGUAACAGUGAAUAAAGAUCUACCCAGCUUUACAGGAA